AUGAGUGCAGAAGAAAAUUCCGCCAACGUGUGUCUAUUCAUGUUCAAGUACGGACCAGGAAGAAGCGCAGCGAUGCGGGAAGCUGGCUUUCGUCCUGGCCGAUGUACGAUUGACCAGAUGUUUAUCGUCAGGAGAGCGAUCGAAAUCUGGCAGCGGUAUUCGAAGCCAAUGCAACUAGCGUUUCUGGACUUUGAAGCCGCGUUCGACACUCUUCACCGAGACCGUCUUCUCAACGCGCUCCGCGCCGAUGGAAUACAGGGAAAGUUCGUUCGCUUGCUUGAUGACAUGAAUCAACGAACAACUGAUGCAGUUCGAACACCAGCCAGAUGUACAACACCGUUUGAAGUGGUAACUGGAGUAAGACAAGGGGCAGUGGCAGGACCCUUCCUGUUCAAUUUCGUCACCGACGACAUUAUGCGAUGA